ACAAUAGUUAUGGUGCGUACGCCCACACCUGAAUAUGUCUCAAAUUCCCGGUCCCGAGUAUCUCGCUUGGCAAGCCAACACGGGUUCUCCAUUGGAACAUAUAAAUACCCCUCAAGGACCACCUCAGAAAGGUCAUCUCGGAGUGCAAGCGCGGACUGAAGAAGAACUUCUGGUUUGGUGCAAUUACAGAAUCGUAAGACAUUGGGGCCUGUCCAUGUCUUAUCUUAAACCCAUCAAUGGUGAAUUCAUAUCAGAAACCAAAUGAAAAACAAAAGCUAGUCUUCUGCUUCCAACACAUUUGUUUAUUGCAAACAGAAGCUAUGCCUGGGAUAACAAAAUGAUUCAGAUAGAUAGAACACAUAUAGCAAAGCUUGUUUCCUCAACAAUGUUGCGCAACAGAAAUUUGAGCAGUGAAAAAGUCUUCCAAACUGCAGGCGGAGGGUAUAGCAACUUUCCAAAAUCUAUGGAAACUAACUUAUUUUCCCAUUAAAAAGAGCCUUCAGCUUCUAAUCAUAAAGGAUCUCUCUCUUGUAUAUUCUUCAGUCUUGUGCUCUGGAUUCUGCAAAGAAGGAAUCAAUGUGAUUUAGCAAAUAAUGAUGUGUGUGCAAUAUUUCUUUUUGGUUAUACCAGUACUUCAGCUAUCAUAUAGUCUCCUGAGCAAAAUUUAAACAAAAUCAAACUAAAAAAUCAACGUUUCCUUUUACUUAAUUUCAUUCAGCCUUAUAUUGUUGACAGAAGUUUAUAAAUACCAAAUUUACCA